GUUUUAUUAUGUAAUUUUAAUAAAUUAUUUGCAAUUGAUAAGUCAAUUUGCACAUUUUUAGUUAACUAAUUUAAAUUUGUCUUUUACUCUUGCUUAUUUUUUUAUUUAUAAUAGUACAUUUUAAGUUUGAACUAAAAAAAAAAAAAUGGAUUCAGACAUCGCAAUACAUUCUAUUCAAAAUAAACCACCGACACCAAUACCAACACCACCACCGCCUUCAUCGUAUUCCUCAUCUAAUACGACAAACACAAUAACACCAAAACAUAAGAUGUUAAAUUUAUGGGUACAUAAUGAUUCAUUUUCUAAACAAGAUUUUAUAUUAAAUCCGGAUUUUUUUCCUGGUAUAAAAUUGGGUCAAACAUUAGAAAUUUAUAAUUCUAAUGAAAAAUCCGAUGUUACAAGACAUUUAAUUAUUAAAGUUAAUUCUUUGGAUAAAGAACAUAUUGGUAAAGAAAAACCUAUUUUACAGAUUUCAGUAUCAAGUAAUAUUGCGAAUACAUUCAAAUUUAAAAAUAAGUCUAAUGUAUUUGUAAGAGAGGUCGAUGUGGAAUUAGUUGCAGCAGAUUAUAUAGAAUUUACAUUUAAAGAUCAGUAUAUUGGUAGAAGUGACAUGUGGAGAUUGAGUAGAAGUCUUAUUGGUACAUGUAUUUAUACGAAACAAAAUUUAAAUUUUGCAGAUUGCAUAAGAGCACAAGUGAAAAAAAUAUUUGUUAAAGGAGAACAAGCCUUAUGCGGAUAUGUAACAGGAAAUACAAAGCCGAUAUUUAGAUCAGAAUCAGCAAAAUUAUUUAUAUUUGUACAAAUGUCAAGAGAAAUGUGGGAAUUUGAUGAAGAUGGGGAAUUAUAUUACGAGAAAGCUAUUGACGGAUUUUUUACAGAAUUAUUUCAACGUUGGAAAGAUUUAUCUACAAAUCACGUAGUAUCCAUAGUAUUGUUUUCAAGAGUUUAUUAUGAUGAAGGAGAAGUUUUAAUUAAUGGAUUAGUAAAUGAAGACGAAUCACUUAGACAAAUUAAAAGAAGAUGGUAUAAGGAUUUUUAUAAAGUUAUUGUUGAUUGGGAAACAAGAAGCGAUUGGAGUUCUGCACUUAAACUACUUAAAGAAGAACUUACGCAAUAUCAACUAAAUAUAUUAUUGAGGGAGAAAAAAAAACAAAACGGUGAAAUUUAUAAAAUAUUAUUGGGAAAAAAUUCUUACGCUUUUGAAGGGAAUAUAUUAGAAGCUAUUAAUUUAGCAUUAAAUCCAUUUGAUAGGCAUUAUGUAGAUAGAGAUUUAUUACGUACAGGAUUAUCAAUUAUUAUAGUAACUCCUGGAUGUUGCAGAUUUGAAGUUGAUAAAAAACUUUUAAGAUUAACAGCUGAACGAAUGAUCGAUAAUGGAAUUGGAUUAGAUCUCGUUUGUCUUUCAAGAAUCCCUCUACAUACAGUCCCUUUAUUUAAAUUUAAUUCACAAGAAUUAUCAAAAGCUCCUUUACCUGAUUGGUGGAAUAAAAAUACAAGUAGAUUUGCAAGUAAAUUUUCGUCUCAAUCAAAAGAUUCAAAAUUGGAGCUGAGAGAUCCUUUAGAUUAUGAUGAUGAUCCAAAUGAUGAUUCAAAUUAUUUUUAUCACAAAACUCCUGAUUGGGUUGACUGUAAUUUUUAUUCUAGACAUCAAGAUAAACCUUUUAAACUCGAUAAAUUUAUUACAAGAUGUAAAAUGUAUGAAAUUCAAAUGAUGGGAAUUAUGGAACAUGAAAUUUCUUAUAUUAUCAUUCCUCAUCUUGAUGAUAAUCCUCAAUCUGAUGAAUAUGACGAUAAUGUUUUUAAUACAUCUAAACAAAAUGUUCCUCUUUUACAACAAAAAAGUCAUGAUUCUUUAAAUCGUUUACAUGACACAUCGCCACCAUCUUUUCGUAUGCAUAAUUAUGAUUCCCCUAUUUCAAAUCGCCAAGGAAAUAUUUUCAAACCUGACCAUUUAAUAGGAGAAAGUUCUUUACAUUCUACAAUGAUUAAUAGAUCUUAUUCACAAACUUCACAUGAUAGUUAUCAAGAUGGGCAUUCUAAGAAUAAUGAAUUUACCGAUGACGAUGAUGUUGUUGUAACUUCAAGUACGGUUGAUCCCAUAUCAAUAAAAUCUUCAAAUCAUCACCACCACCAAAGAAAUCGUACCUCUCUAUCUCCAAGAAGAGAAAGUUAUCCUGAAGGAUCUUAUUUUAUUAAACAUAUACCACGUCCAAGUAAUCAUUCAAAUCCACCACCACCACCACCUCCACCUCCACCACCUCCUCCUACUAUUAGUUAUAUUCCUCCAAAUUAUCGCCCACCUUUAGUUAACCCUUGUAAUCCUUCAAAAUCUCAUAAUCGUUAUGGAAUGAGUACACAUCUUCGUAGAUGGGGACAUGUUUUUCCAAGACCAUUAUCAAUAAAUUCAAUGAAAUGGCCUGCUUUAUGUACUCCCGCUUGUCUUCCUUUAACAACUGACUAUCUUUCUCCAAUUGACGAGCCUGGGGCUUAUCAAGAAUACACUUAUACGAUUUCUAUUGAUUCUGAGUCUUUCAUAAUGAAUCAAGAAAAUGAGGGUGUAUCAGAAGAAGUUAAAACUGAAACUUUAUUGAAAGAAAUGAUAUCUCAACGAUUAGCUCAAGGAUAUCAAUUAGUCGUUUUAAAUGAAAUUAAAUCACAUAAUUGGGAAGAUUAUUCUUCAUCUUUAUUAACUUCUAAGCAAUAUUAUCUUAGUAUGGGACGUCAUGUUCAUAAAUUAACUUACGAUCCUUCAGGACAACUUGUUGAAGUCAAAAGUGUUGAAGUUAAAAGAUAUGUUCGAAAAAUACAAUAUAAACCAGAUCCAAUUCCAUAUAUUUGCGCUGUUUGGCCUAAAUGUCAAGAAACUUAUGAGACUAGAACUGUUAAUUUUACUUAUCCACAUAUUGAUUAUAAUUGGAAUUAUGUAGAUCAAUUAAUUUGUGGAUAUCAAGUUGAUCUUUAUGAACAUUUGAAAUUUUGGAGAACAAGAUUUAUUUUAAUCCCAAUGGAAAAUAUUUCUGCUGGUUUAUUAAAACAUGGGAAUGAAUUAUUUGAAGAAGAAGAAGUUCGAUUAAACGGAAUUUAUAAAUUUCUUGAACUUUUUGAUAAAUCCAUUUGGAUACCACCAGAUGAAAGUGGCGAUGCUGGUAAUAAUAAAAGAAUGGAAACUUCAUCUCCACAUUUAAGGCCUACAACAGAUGAUUUAUCAAUUUUUGUUAUAACUCCCGAAGGAUUAUACCCAAGAAGAAGUUCCGUACAUCCAGUAGAUGAAAAACUUACAAAAGAUACUAAACUUGAUAAAAUUUAUCAAGCAAUGAAAAAUAAUACGACUGGAAUCAUCAAGGAUCGUCAAUGGCAUUUUAAAACUUACCAAAAUUCAAUUGUUGGAAAUGAAUUUGUUGAUUGGUUAAUAAGUAGAUUUCAUGAUAUUGACACUAGAGCUAGUGCUGUUGCAUUUGGAAAUGAAUUAUUAGAUAGAGGAUUAUUUGAGCAUUGUCAGAAAAGACAUCGAUUUUUGGAUGGAUAUUAUUUUUAUCAAAUUAAAGAAGAAUUCGCUCCUAGAAGAACCAUUAAAGAAUGGCUUAGAAGAAAGCCGAAAAAAGAUUCUGAAAAAAUCGAAGAAAUACCAACAAAACCAACAAGAAUUGAAUUUACGAAAGCUAUUCAUAUUGAUAUUGACCCAAAUAAAAAAAGUGAUAGAAAAGAAACAGCAAUAUUACAUUAUGAUGUUAUUUAUAACGUUGAUGCUUGUUAUCAUUUCCAAUUAAAUUGGCUUGCGUGUACAGCGAGAUUAAUUGAAGAAUUAUUACAAUUAUGGAAUAGGAACGCUAAGACAUAUGGAUUAAAAUUAGUCGAAGCACCUGUUGAACAAGCCAUGAGUUUAACUAAUAAUAAUCCAUUUCAAUCUCCAACAUCAAUAAAAUUAUCAGUAUUACCUCCAAUAUUAGAAGAAUUAGAAAAAUUAGGGAAAAAAUUGAAUCCUGAAAUUAAUCAUAAAUUAUAUUUUGAAAUUGAAUUAGUUAAACAUUUUAAAUUUGUAUUAGAUGUUGAGGCUGAUGACAGAUUUCCAAAAGAAGUUGAAAUAAUUUAUUCUUAUCAUAAAACUCCUUAUAAAUAUUCUCAAUAUAUUCAUAGAUCUGGUGUUGCGUUUAUACAAAUUUGUGAUCCUGGGGAAGGCUUUUUAUGGGUUAAUAACAGAAUAUAUAAUACUCAUAAUAUUUCUAAUAAGAAUACUUCACCUAAUCCUGAUCAAUUAUUAAAAGAAUUUCAAAAUUUCUGUAACGAUAAAGUCGCUCUUCAAAAUUUUUGGAAUGAUGUUGUUAAUAGUAUUGAAGAUUAUACUUAUGAACCAAAUAUUACCGAACAACGUCCUGAUAGUAUGACAAAAGGAAGUAGUAGUAAUGAAUCUGAACCAACAUUAAAAACAUAAUAAUUUAUUUUUUUCAUUAGUGUAUUAUAAUUAUUAAAAUUGUAUUUGUAGAAAGUCAAAUUAUAUUAAAUAUAUAAAAUAUUUAAAGCUGUAAACUGAGUUGU